UUGGCCACUUCAUUAUUAUAUUACGAGGGUUGUCAUUGGUCAGUUUGUAUAUUAAAAAGUAGUACUCUUGGACCAACUUUUUCUUGUAUUUCUUGCCUUUAAAGCACUCAUUUGUACCCUCCCUCCCUAAAUCCAAAUCUCACGCAUAUUUCUUCCUUCUUCCUCCAAUCCAAACACUUCCCUCCUCUCUUAUUCUUUUUUUUUUUUUUUUUUGUCACUGCUUAAAUCUACUUUAGCUUUAGCUUCGUAUACAAAUAGUAUGCCUGAAUGUCAAGAGAAAGGGAGAGAUAUGAGGAGAUAGGCAAGAAAAUAAAGAGGGAAGCAGAUGACUACUCUCAGGUGGGAAGGAGAUAUAUGUUGGUGCCUCCAGGAAGCACAACCUCAAACACUGUAACACCUUGUGCUGCCUGUAAGCUUUUGAGACGUCGCUGUGCUCAAGAAUGCCCAUUUUCUCCCUAUUUUUCCCCACAUGAACCCCAAAAGUUUGCUUCCGUUCACAAGGUUUUUGGUGCUAGUAAUGUUUCCAAGAUGCUAAUGGAGGUACCUAAGAGCCAAAGAGCAGACACAGCAAACAGCUUAGUUUAUGAAGCAAACGUAAGGCUAAGAGAUCCAGUGUAUGGGUGCAUGGGAGCCAUUUCUGCUCUACAGCAGCAAGUUCAUGCUUUACAAGCGGAGCUAAAUGUUAUUAGGGCAGAGAUAAUGAAGUACAACACUUCUCUUACUCCAUCUUCUCAUAUUACAUCAUUGCUUUCUUCUGGAGAAGUCUCCGUUGUUGCACUGCCGCCACCACCACCAUCAUUAAUACUGCCUCCAACCAUAUUUUCUGCUGAUGCUAUCAUGUACACCCAACCAUCUACAACUACUACAGAAUUUAGCACCAUAUCCAGUGAGAAUAAUAUAUCCUAUUUUGGCUAAUUUUUUUUAUUAUUCAUAUCGACAUCACGAAUCAAAUUGAGUACAAUAAGCAAUAAAUUUUUAAGGGAACAA